AAGUCUUUUCAACGUGACUCUUCUCUUUUCCCUCACAGUCGAAGCCUCCAGGUGACGAAUCCACUGUGGACACGGCGGGUGUUGUUAACGGAUCAGCAUCGCCGAGGAUCAAAUCUACACUGGAGGACUCAGAGGGUAGCAGAUCUUCCUGUGCAAAGGACAAAGCACAUUUUGGUUCAAUGCCACUUUUUACUGGAGCCGAGUUUGGGGAUGUAACCGUGAAGAACUGGACCAGCAUAACCAACGAGACCCCAGAGAUGGCUGACACUUGUAAAACCUGGGAUGGUCCAAGUGGUUCUUCUAGCAGCUCCGCAGCCUCUCAGAUGGACUUGGACUUUGUGCAGAGGAGCUGCACUGCUCCGGACCGGACCGGCAUCCGUAUUUACUACAGCCCUCCUGCUGUGAGGCGUAUGGAGCACCGGAGAAGGUACCAGGAGCCUCUGGAUUCUGAUGAAUACAGCGUCGGGGGUUCAUCUCUGAAGCAGAAUGACACGGACGGUGGCGUGGCCUCACUGGACGCUCUCGAUGCUCAGCGCCAACAACCCGCCUCAUCGUUCACCUCUUCUUAUGAGCAGUGGCUCAGCUCGCUGUCCAAGCAGCACCGGGAGCUGCUGGAGAGCAGAGGCAGCAGCAUUUCCACGUCGAUGCCGAGCGUUUUCAGCAGCAGUGUCAGCGGCGGGGCGGCUAACAGGGUGGUGGACGGGAUGACGUCCAGUUCUCCCUUCCACGACCUGGAGAUCGGAGACAUUUCUGCCAACUUGAGUGACGACAUGAAGGAGAUGACUAACUGUGUCCGGCAAGCUAUUCGCUCUUCUUCUCUGGAGAGGAAAUCCAGCAAGGAGCCUGGGAGUCAGCCCGUUGGAGUGUCCAACAAGUCCACCCAGACUGCAGCUCAGGGUGUCAGCAUCGGACUGCAGACAGAGACCAGCAGGGCAACGGGGUUGCACUCCAAAUCCUGGUCACCUCGGCCAACACCAGCAACCACUUCCUCGCUGGCAUCCGCCCGAACUCGGCAGAUUUCUACAUCUCUGGAUAAAGUGCACAGCCGCAUUGAGAGGCCAUGCUGUUCGCCCAAGUAUGGGUCGCCUAAGCUACAGCGGAGAGUAUCUUCUGGUUCCACUUCCAGACUGGAUGGCGCUUCCUCCAGCAGGGACCGCAGCAUGUGGAGCCUACAUCAGAGGCCCAUCGGUGGCAGUGGCGGCUCUGCUUGGGCUCGCUCCACUACGACGAGGGACAGCCCCGUCCUGAACGGCCUCACCGACGGCCUCUCCAGCCUCUUCAGCGUAGUGGAGCACUCCGGAAGCACAGAGUCGCUUUGGAGGAGUGAAAUAGGGUCAAGCCAGACGGCCAGCCCGGCUCGGCAGCCUCACGCUGCCGGAAAACCUGCUUGCGGCUCCGAUUCCAACCCUCAGCGGUAUGGAGGGCUGGUGCAGGAGUUCUUCAGGAAUGUGUGCAACAGCCGCGGCCCGGUUGGAGCCCCCCUGUCUGUGGAGAGAGUGCAGAGAGACUCCCUCGCUGUCCUCGGAGGCGUGGGGGUCUUGGGUGGCUUGAGCAGCGUGGACGAACCCACACUCGGAGGGGCUGCUGCGCUGGCUGGACUGAGCGGAGGCAACGACAGCGUGACCAGGAUUGUUAAUAAGCGGUUUCUGAGGCAGACGGCUGGGGAGGAGAUGAUCAGCAUCAUGGGAGGAGGGAAGGAAGCAACGAGCAACAGCGUGGCUGCAGGACCGGGAACCGAGGAGGCACCUUGCGAUUGUGCUACUCCGUCCUCCUGCUUUGUCCGAUCGUCCAGAGCAGCCGUUCGCCACUGCAAGCACCGUCCGCAGGACUCUCCAGCUGGAGCCGAGGAGAAAGGAGACGCCUGCAACGAGUGACGAGCCUCCCAGCGAAGACGCGCACGGAGGAAAUUCACUUCUUCACAAACACGACUGCCUUGGAAACGCUUCCCCGCACCUCCCAGAGCACCAAAUGCACACAAAUACCUAGAACCUGCCACGCACACAGGCCCACUGCCAAACAUUAACACACCGCCUCAGCACACAGCGCAAACUGCCCCCUCCCCCGGACUCCCACACAAAGCUACUGCCACCUUCUCUCAAUCAGAACACCGGAGACGCCACUCCGGUUUCUAGACGUGCGACCGAUGCCAAGGACUGCGCCAGCAUCCCAAACCUACCAGCAGGACUGAAACCAGAACUGCCAUCUAACAC